AAACUUGUACUAUCCCACCAUUUUGUAUAAUUGUACAUUGUACAUAUAAUAAGUAUAGUGUUAUCUCGCAUGAUAAAGAUAUUAAAUGUGUCGAAACAAGUCGCGUGUUUGCUGCUUAAAAAAUACGCUUGUGUUGGUUGAUUUUUGUGAAUCGUUUUUCGUAUCCAGUGAAUUGUUGUUGGUUUGUUUUGAGAUUACCUUCUAAGCAAUCGGUAUACCUAUCAAUGUUUACUUUAACUGCAAACUCUUAUUUAUAUUGCGAUUACUUACUUAUUUUUAAUGUUUAAUACGACCUUGUGGAAUUAGUGUUGUUUACUUCACAUAGUGUAAUUAUCAAACACUUAUGCAUAAUUAUAACGAAAAUUACGUUACAACUAAAUUAACUAAAAAGUGGUUUCGUAAAUAAAUGAUAAAUCAGACAACAUAUUUAAUCGUUUUGUAGUUACCCUAUUAAAUAACUUUAAAAUUUCAAUCAAAUUUUGGACAUGUAUCAAAAGCCACUUAGGCCAGAAGCAGAAAGUUUGUUCCGCAGUAAUAAUGAACCAGCAAAAAGUCCACUUUUAAUAAAACGAUUCAAGUCUCGCAGUGAAUGUAGUGCUACAGAAAAAAAAAGUGUUCCCUUAAGAACACACUCAGAGUGUGACUAUGACAGUGUACAAAGCGUUUCCGAUGAUGAAGUGGAAUUGAGAUAUUUUUCAAAUAAUGAAAAAGGAAAGAAAUCUCGACACAGUUUGAAAUCUCUUAGCAACAGUUUUAGGAACUCCUUCAGGGUAAAACGGUCGAAAAGCUGCAAUGACCGAGAAGAUGCACCCAAGAUUAAACCUAAAAGAUCCACCACCAUUAGGCUCAUCACAUCAAUUUUAUUUUCCACGCCAAUAGGACUAUUAUCUUUGUUCACCGAAGAUGACAAAUUAAACCUUUCAUUAAUGCCUUUCAGACAAUCUGUACCACCUGCGCCGCUUCUUAUUGAAGAUCCACCCAGUAACGACGAUGGAUCCACAGAUCUGGAAGAGAACAUAAAAUACUUAGGAGACCCCGCGCUCCUUAAUGGAGCCGACAAUGAUAACAUCGGAAGGCGAUUGAGCUUACCAGUGUCAAAAGUGUUUGGGUUUCCUAAGAAAGCUAGAACUAAUCGUUCAAAUAGCGAAGCAUGGUCAUCUGGAAAUUUUCGGAGCGCGGGGGCAAAAUCGGCUCCAAGCACACCGCACGGGGGAGGCAGUGGCAGUAGUUCCAUCGGUAGCUCAGUGUUGGGUGUUGCUGCCGGCCACAGCGGCGGUCUGGUCAUCAACGCCCUCGGUACCACCACCACCACCACCACCAACUCGGACUUGUUUGGCACAACGGUGUCGCAACCGUGCACCCCUAAUUGCACGUCACCUUCUAUCCAGCGCAGCCCUAGUCAUUCGGUCUUUACCAAAUGUGAUAAAACUAAUCUGAAAAAUCUAUCGACAUCAACACCCCAGAUGACAGCGCAAGGCCAGCUUAAUGAGCCCCCUAGUCCGAAAACCAUAAAAGAGGCAAAAGUUCGUCCAACAUCAAAGUCUCACCAAAAGAAAUUUAACAGACAUUUUCAUACUGUCGACGACGAAGUUGUUUUAAACCAUUACCUCUGCGCACUGAUCGGGGAUAUCCUGUUACAAGGUCAUCUCUAUAUAACACAUAAUUACUUUGCUUUCUACUCAAAUGUAUUCGGAUACGUCACAAAGUUGCUGAUACCGAUUCUAUCGGUGAAGGAAAUUACCAAAGAAAAGACUGCAAAAAUCAUUCCGAAUGCAGUAGGAAUUAAGACAAUUGAAGACAAACACGUGUUCGGAAGUUUAAUGUCCAGAGAUGCAACGUUGGAUUUCAUGACUAAAGUAUGGAAUAAAGCAAAACAGGCUGAUGCGAACUCUAUUGUUGCUGAAACACCAGAUGACCAAGAAAUAGAGGGGGAUUCUAGUGAAUCUGGAGAAAGUGGUAGAGACAGUCCGUUGGAAGAAGAGCAACCAACAUUUAAAAAAUGCGACAAUUUACCUGUUCAGUCACAAUCGGAAACUGAAAAACCUAUUUCAGUUGCCUGUGAGAGACGCAGUUCCCAAGGUAUCACAAGGACUCUGCAAAAUGCAAUUUCAGAAUUCUCAAAACUGCCACGCCAAAGCCUGAUUCUGUUUGCUACGACCUUACUGUUAAUAUUAUUAUUUUUAUCAGCUGGUGUUUUACUGUACCGAAUUAGUAAAAUACAAAAUCGUUAUUCACUGGCCCUACAAGAUUCUAGAUCAGCAGGCGGAGGAGACGACAUAUAUAAUAACAUUUUGCAUUGGCAGUCUCAUCUGCACACAAGGUCUGCGGGAGCUGUGAAUAAUUUUUUAGACAGUAAUCUUGACCAGAUUGCCAAGGUGCGGCAGUCGUUAGAAGCGUUAUCAACACUGCUAUUAUCAAAAUCGAAUCCUAUACCUAAGAAGGAAGAUAAAGGUCACAAUGAACAAAAGACAGAUAGAAACAGUUAGCAAAAUAAGGGCAAGUUAUUUGAAGCUUUGUCGCCAAGUGGUAACUAGAGUUCAAUAUCUUGUAACGAAACAAAACUCAGCAGUAUUCUAUUUAAUAGAUUCCCUUGCAAUAACAUAUAGAUCCACCAUAAGAACUGAUAAACUGGUAACAAGAGAAACAGAACAGAUAAAUAAUAUCAAACAAUAGCAAUUUCGAUAUAUUUAUAUUAGUGUUUACAUUUUGCCAAAAAGUUGUUGCCAUACUUCUGUCUAAACCUAAAGUAUUGUGCACAUUAAAAAAAAAUUAAGCUCAAUUAAGCUCAAAAAUGAUGAAUUACUUGCUAGGCUUAUUUUAAUCGAGCACGAGGUCACUUGAAUUAUUUAGGUAUUUAAAUUUUAUUUAUGUUACUAACAUAUUUUUAAAUUUCCCUUGUCUAUUCGGAAAAUUAAGAAAUAUUUCAUAAUAAUAUUUGGUAGGCCUAAUUUUUUUAUAAUUAACUCUUAAAUCCUGUAGCGGAAACAUACUAGUUCAAAUAAUUUUAAUUCCAAAUAACUUUCGAUAAACAAAAUGAGAGGUUAGGCUAGUUGUGUAUCAUAUACACUGUUAAUGAUUUUCGUAGUGCAAUUUUGCAUUUAUUAUCAAUAUAUUUUAUACUGUUAUAUGGAAAAAUGUGAUUGAGGUAUAUGGGUGACAUGUAAUGUAAUUUCAUAAAAUAUUUAUGAAUUAACUGAUAAAAUUAGUUACUUAAAUUUAAUCUUUAUAUCGGCAACCUUUUUUUUUAUUUUAUUUUGUGUAAUUUGAUAUCAAUUUAUAUGUCUCAAUAAUUUAUUUGUUAAUAAUUGAUUUAAAUGGAUGACUGUAAUAACCAAGAGCAGAAACUAUUUAAACGGACUGUGAAGUGAUUGUAUGUACAAUUCAAUAUUUUUGUAGUUAGUUUUGUAUAGGAGAAUUUCAAGUGAAUGUAAAGUUUGCGUUUUUAAAGUUUGAUGUAUCAUACCCAUCAUGUUACUAGUUUUAUUAUAGUUACAUAGGGAUCUAUUCAGUAACUAGUCCAAUAAAUUAUAUAGAUGAGAUUAAAUGACGUUAUGCAUACGCCAAAUAUGACUACUUUUUUAAUUUGUUAUUAGUUACAGAAUAAUCCCCGAUAUAAUUUAUUAUUUAGGAUAGAGUUGGUUCCUUAUUGUUAACAUGUCGAUUAUAUUCUUUUUAUUUGAACAUAUUUUGUUGGUAUUUGUUAUUUAACUGUUUUUAAUAUAGAACAACCUGUGAUAUCUUAUUUGUUUUUUGUGCUUUUCCAUUAAACAUAGUGUUUCACUAA